UGACUUGUAAUUCGUUGCCUCAAGUAUCAUGUGUUGAUAUGACUUCUGUAGGGAGCAAAGUGCACGGCCAGAAGAGUCCGGUCCCUCCAUGAUGGGGAACCUGCGGCUUCAGUCCAUGAAACAGUCGCCUUCCCAGAAUUCCUGUGACAGUGCCAUUUUAGAAAGUAGUCUGGCGGACGAUGGCAUGUCCAUUGAUAGUGACAUCAGUGAAAACUUUGUCAUCCUCAUGGACUCUGAGUCUGGUGUGGAGUCUUUGCGUCCGAAUGGUGCAGGUGUCUCCGGCAGCUGUGUUAGUCUAGCUCCAGGAACAGAAGGCGGCUCAUCAGCAGACCUCAGCAGCUCCCUGUCCCAGAGCACUGAAGACAUUGCUCAAGAUAUGGUGUCUGUGUUAGUUCUGUGUCUGAGGCGAAUAGGGUGCCUGACGGAGAAGUGUGGUGAAGAUAUCGUGGUGGCGCUGGAAGCCCAAGAGCUUGUGCCUAAACAACAUGGCAACCAUAAAGUCAUAGACCUGCUGGCGGGACUGGCACUGACUGAGGGCACAACACUGUUUACAUGAAUCUCCUGCCCAAACAUCCCCAAGAUUCCAAUAGUGAUCGCUUUCACUUGUCAGCACCAGUUUGAAUGACCUUGUGCUAAUUCAGCUUCUCAGACAUCGACAAACGUACAUACGAGUAUGUUGGACACAUCUGUUUCAUAAGAUCACACAUCAUUAAAGGAGCAGUUCACCAUUACAUCACUUGUUCACCAGUGGAUCCUCUGCAGU